AUGGAGACGUCCGCCUCAGUCACGGCCACGGAGAAGAAAGACGCCAAAAGUGGGAGCCUGGAGGGUGUCGCUUUCCCCGACCCGGGCAGGAAGGCCUCUGCUCUCGCGGUGGCCACGGCGGCCGCGGCAGCGGUGGCUGCCCAAGGAGUGCCACAACACCUUUUGCCACCGUUUCAUGCUCCCUUACCGAUUGACAUGAGACACCAGGAGGGAAGGUACCAUUAUGAGCCCCACUCUGUCCACGGCGUGCACGGGGCACCACCCCCAGUCAGUGGUUCCCCAACCCUCUGGACCCGCAGCAUCACUCGGCUUGCUCCACAUCCUUGUUAGCAGGGUAAUAGCCCCCUGUUUGUGCCUCAUCCCUACGUGAGCCCCCACAUGGAGCAUUACCUCCGUGCCAUGCACAGCAGCCCCACACUCCCCACGAUCUCUGCGGCCCGGGGCCUCAGCCCCGCUGACGUGACUCCCAAGGGGUCGGACCCCAGGCCUGAAAUCUCCACGGCGAAGCGUUUCGCUGCCUCCACAUUGAGCCGCCGACUCCGGAACGUGGGCCUGUGCUUCUCCACGCCUCUGCUGAUGACCCAGCCAGCGAUGCGCUGGCGCGGAGCGGAGGCGGGCGGCGUGUCAGCAGGUGGCGAGGGUGGGGCUCAACUGUGGGAACAAGGCACCAACACACCAACCCUGCAGCCAGGGCAACCUGCCGCCUCCCUGGAGGAGGAGCACCUGUGGGGUCUAAGCAGCUCUGAGCAGACAGAAGGGAAGAAGGCGGGCAUCACGAGCCCAGGAACAGCCGAACACAGGCAUGGAGGCAGGCUGCGCGUAGCAGAGUUCCUUACAGUGUCGCGCUUCUCCAGCCCACGGGUGACGCCCCGCCUGAGCCGCAAGCGGGCGCUGUCCAUCUCCCCGCUGUCAGACGCCAGCCUGGAUCUGCAGCGGAUGAUCCGGACGUCACCCAACUCGCUGGUGGCCUACAUCAACAACUCCCGCAGCAGCUCGGCGGCCAGCGGCUCCUACGGCCACCUGUCAGCAGGCACCCUCAGCCCAGCCUUCACCUUCCCCCACCCCAUCAACCCGGUGGCCUACCAGCAGAUCCUGAGCCAGCAGAGGGGCCUGGGCUCAGCCUUCGGACACACCCCGCCCUUGAUCCAGCCCUCGCCCACCUUCCUGGCCCAGCAGCCCAUGGCCCUCGCCUCCAUCAAUGCCACGCCCACCCAGCUCAGCGGCAGCGCCACCUGUCUGAGCGACGCCACCCAGAACAAGCAGAACAGCGAAUCGGCUGUGAGCAGCACCGUGAACCCCAUCGUAAUUCAUAAGCGCAGCAAGGUCAAGACAGAGGCAGAGGGCCUGCGGCCAGCCUCCCCGCUGACCCUGACGCAGGAGCAGCUGGCUGACCUCAAGGAAGACCUGGACAGGGACGACUGUAAGCAGGAGGCCGAAGUGAUCAUCUAUGAGACCAACUGCCACUGGGAAGACUGCACCAAGGAGUACGACACCCAGGAGCAGCUGGUGCACCACAUCAACAACGAGCACAUCCAUGGGGAGAAAAAGGAGUUCGUGUGCCGCUGGCAGGCCUGCACGAGGGAGCAGAAGCCCUUCAAGGCCCAGUACAUGCUGGUGGUGCACAUGCGCCGGCACACGGGCGAGAAGCCCCACAAGUGCACGUUCGAGGGCUGCUCAAAGGCCUACUCCCGCCUGGAGAACCUGAAGACGCACCUGCGGUCCCACACUGGGGAGAAACCAUAUGUGUGUGAGCACGAGGGUUGCAACAAGGCCUUCUCCAAUGCCUCAGACCGCGCCAAGCACCAGAACCGCACCCACUCCAAUGAGAAACCCUACAUCUGCAAGAUCCCAGGCUGCACCAAGCGAUACACAGACCCCAGCUCUCUCCGGAAGCAUGUGAAGACGGUACACGGCCCAGAUGCUCACGUCACCAAGAAGCAGCGUAACGACGUGCACCUGCGCGCCCCGCUGCUCAAGGAGAACGGGGACCACGAGGCCAGUGCCGAGCCCGGGGGCCGGGGCUCGGAGGAGAGUGCCGAGGCCAGCAGCACCAGCCAGGCCGUGGAAGACUGCCUGCACAUCAAAGCCAUCAAGACCGAGAGCUCCGGGCUGUGUCAGUCCAGCCCCGGGGCCCAGUCGUCCUGCAGCAGCGAGCCCUCUCCCCUGGGCAGUGCCCCCAACAACGACAGCGGCGUGGAGAUGCCGGGGACUGGGCCUGGGAGCCUGGGAGACCUGACAGCUCUGGAUGACACGCCCCCGGGGGCCGACGCCUCAGCCCUGGCCGCUCCCUCUGCUGGUGGCCUGCAGCUGCGCAAACACAUGACCGCCAUGCACCGGUUCGAGCAGCUCAAGAAGGAGAAGCUCAAGUCACUGAAGGAUUCCUGCUCCUGGGCCGGGCCGGCUCCACACACCCGGAACACCAAACUGCCUCCCCUCCCGGGAAGUGUCCGCCUGCCCGGCCACGCCAGCGCCGACGGCGGCCUGGCCCGAGGCGCCUACUCGCCGCGGCCGCCCAGCAUCAGCGAGCACGUGGCCACGGAGGCCUUGGCGGUGGGAGCGGACAGCGCCGGGCCCGAGGUGGGCCUCAUGCUGCCCGAGGACGACCUCGUGCUGCCGGACGACGUGGUACAGUACAUCAAGGCGCACGCGGGCGGUGCCCUGGACGACAGCCCCUCACAGGCCUAUCCCCCCGAAAGCACCUGCUUCUCUGAGAACCCCAAACUGCCCAGCCCGGGGCUGCACGGCCCCCGCAGGAUGGUGGCUGCGGACUCCAACGUGGGCCCCUCCGCCCCUGUGCUGGGAGGCUGCCAGCUGGGCUACGGGCCCCCCUCCAGCCUGAACAAAAACAACAUGCCUGUGCAGUGGAAUGAGGUGAGCUCCGGCACCAUGGACGCCCUGGCCAGCCAGGCGAAGCCUUCACCCUUUUCGCAGGGCAACCUGGCUGUGGUGCAGCAGAAGCCGGCCUUCAGCCAGUACCCGGGCUAUAGUCCACAAGGCCUGCAGCUGAGCCCGGGAGCCCUGGACAGCGGGCAGGGACACUUCCAGCCCUGCGGGGGAGGCCCCUCGGUGCCUAGGAUAAAUUACAUGCAGCAGCUGCGGCAGCCAGGGACAGGUGGUCAGUGUUCCAAUAUGACCACCACCGUGAGCCCCCACACCAAUUACGGCCAGGCCCACCCCCAGCUGAGUCCCAGUGCCAUGGGUGGGACCUUGAACCAGUACCCCCCGUCCUGUAACAACAUGGCAGCCAAGCCAGUCCACUUGGGGCUCCCCCAGCAAAUGGAAAUCGCUCCCGAAGCCAGCAUGAUGGGCAGCAGCCGCAGGGAACUCGGAAUCACCAAUUCAGCCCUGGCCGGGAUGCCUCCGCUUCACUCCACCCAGAGCUACCCACAGCAGAGCCAUCACCUGGCAAACCCCAUAAGCCAGGAGAGCUACCGCCAAGGCCCCAACCUUCUACCUGCCCAGCAACCUGGCUUCAUGGAACCCCAGCAGGGCACCGCGGGGGUACCCGGAUCCAGCUUCGGCCUAGUUCAACCCCGGCCUCCCGCCGAGCCCAGCCCCGCCGGCUGCCACCGGGGGGUGCGUGCCGGGGUGCAGCUGGCCUACGCCAGAGCCACCGGCCACGCCAUGGCUGCUGUGUCGGCCCAUCAGGAGAUGGCAGAUGCGCCCAAGGGAGCAAUGGGCGGCGUGGUGUCCCGGCCUCCCCAGCCCCCCCCGCAGGACACGGGUGGGGUCCCGGACCACAGCAUGCUGUACUACUAUGGCCAGAUCCACAUGUAUGAACAGAACGGAGGCCUGGAGAACCACGCAGGCUGCCAGGUCAUGCGGCCCCAGCCACCGCCGCCACAGGCCUGCCCCGACAGCAUCCAGCCCCAGCCCUUGCCCUCUCCAGGGGUCAACCACGUGUCCAGCACUGUGGACUCCCAGCUACUGGAGGCUCCCCAGAUUGAUUUUGAUGCCAUCAUGGAUGAGGGCGAUCACUCGAGCUUGCUCUCAGGCACCCUGAGUCCCAGCCUCCUCCACAGCCUCUCCCAGAACUCCUCCUGCCUCACCACCCCCCGGAACUCCCUGACUCUGCCCUCCAUCCCCACGGGCAUCAGCAACAUGGCGGUUGGGGACAUGAGCUCCAUGCUCACCAGCCUGGCAGAGGAGAGCAAGUUCCUGAACAUGAUGACCUAA